AUGGGAUUUGGGUAUUGGCAGUUGAAGGCAACUGUCAUUUACCUACUUGUAGUCAACAGUUUGGCUCGAAUUGAGCCUCGCACUUGCGACCGUGAAUAUUGUUAUGAACGUUUCGAAGGUGAAAGUGAUCGAUACUCAAACGGUGAUGUAAACUGGUUGCGAGAAAACGCGUCUUACAGGAAAUCUACUAAUACAGACUUUGAUGCCACACUAAGGACAUAUCGCCCAAUCAAAUCUGAUAAUCAGCAACAACACAUUGUAAGUACCAUCAAACUUGGCAACGAGCAUGUGGAACAGCGCAGUUCAGACAAAAGUAAUGACGGUCAACAGGGUCAAAACAAUCAGUUAAAUGAGCGCGAAGAACGAAUCACUGCUGACAGGCGCUAUAAUAACGAUGAGCGGCGAGUAAUUGUGAGGAGUGAUGAUAAGCGUGAAAUACAAGAACAUGGACGACGAGAUGCUACCGAACGCGCAGACACUCGUGAGAACCGACGCGAAUUAGUUCGGCGAUUUGAAGAUCGCGUAGAACGAUUUGCUUCUAACAGGGUUUUUGAUGAUAGUGAGGAACAACGAGCUCAUAAUAGAAAUACUGAUGAGAGGACAGGACAUGUAGAUGAAAGCCGGGAGGACCAAAGAGAACUAGUUAAGCGAUUUGGAGAACGCGAAGAACGAUCAGCUGCUACCGAUCAUCGUGAGAAACGACGAGAACAUGGGCGAGAAGAACGAAAAGACGAACAACGCGACGUUAGCGCACGCGCUCAAACCCGUGAGGACCAAGGAGAUCUUACCACACUCGUUCAUGCAAGUGAGGAUGAACGUGAAAUAGGUCAGAG